CUCGCUUUUUUCGACACCUGGGAGGACCGCGCCGCGCUCUCGGACCUGCCCUCACUAUUGGGGCGAACGAAGGGGUCGGGGGUGCAUCCGGCGCCGAUCCAGGAAUUCCGCGGGAACCGCCGACAAAGUAUGCUCACGGCGCUGUGCCCCGACACCUCCUAGCUUCUGGGAGUCACGAUGCAUCGUGGUUCUCUAGAGCCAAACAGCAAGGGUCAGGAAUCUCUGUGGGCUCGAGGGUGUUUGAAGGGACCCUUUUACCCCCGCAAAACCCUCUGAGGAGCCGACCCCAGGACAGGCGGCCGACCGUAUAAAGAGCACGGCGGCGGCGCUGGAGCGCCGGAGGCGCGAUGGCGUCCAGCUGCCCAAGAGCGCGGUACGGAGCUGUUCUCCGUCAGCGAGAAGGGAAAGCACGGACAGCAUUGCCUGUACACGAGCGGGACCAGGGAGGAAAAAGGCCGCGGGGAUGGGUGCCCGAGCAGGAGGACACCACCCGCACACCAGCGCCCGUCCUGGCCCGGCGCAUGCCGAGGCCCAGGUGGGUGCGCACACGCCCUGCAUGCGCCGUCCCCCUUGGCCUGGCCUCGGAUGCGCCUGCGCCGAUCCUGGGCCCAGGAUCGGACUGGCCGUCAUCGGUGCAGAUGUGCAGGUAGCUUCGGGAGCGUCCAAGAGGGUGCUUCGCAUCACCCCCUCUUGGUCGCCCCCGGUAGCUGGCGCCCUCCAUGGAAGCCAAGGCCACGAGGGCCUCGCGGUGCGCGGUGGCGCUCUGCUCGUCAGGUCCGCGGACGCUCUGCUUGUCAGGUCCGCGGGCGCUCUGCUCGACAGAAGCCAAAAGGAAAAUCGGCGGACGCUCCGCCUGUCAGGUCCACGGGCCAGCCCAGCGGCCGCGCCCAACGCUCCCCAGGGGGCAGGGACGGGCAGCGGCAGCUGGAGCGGCAGUAGGACAAGGAGGGCAGGGGGGAGGAAGGACGGGAGCCGGCAGCGGAGGAGCAGCAGGGGGCCGCAGCAGGAAGGCCUGGCCAGGCCCUGCUUCUCGGGUGCCCGACCAGGCCUCGGCGCCCACUCGGCGUCGAAACGUCCGGGGAACGUCCUGCGGGAGCUGGGAAGCCCCGGCGAGACCGAAGACGAGGCUCUGCUUGAGGGAGGAGCCCCUCACCAGACCUGAGAGAUCCCUGUUCUAAUCCGCCAGGUUUUCGCGGGGCGCCCUUCCACCGACUGCUUCUACUUCGGCUUCUGGCUGAUGCGCUUGUAGUCCCAAUCCGCCCUCUUGCUGGGGAGCUCUCCCGUCUGGAAUUUCGCGAAGCAGCUGCGGAGGUUCGCCCGCGAGGAGCACACGAAGGGCCCGUGCCACACGAUGUCCUCCCUGGUCAUCUUCCCAGUGAAA